AUGCCUCCCAGACUCAACGCAGGGCCGGACGGAACCCUCAACCUUCCCCAUCUGCGCCGACUCGAGCAGUUUCAGAACCCUCCUCUGAGCGCCACUACAUGCGAUUCCAACAUCUCGGACUACAUCGGUAGUGGAGCCAGUAGUCCUGCACGCACCCCCGGGCUCGACGAGCGCCUGGCCGAGUUUGAUGCAUUGCGCAACGGCAACGACCACUACUUAGAGCACGACAAAGACGCCGACUACGACUACGACGACGACGACGACGACGACGACGACUACCAAGACAACCACGAUAUGGACAACCGCCCACCCCUCCUCCGAAACGCCCACUCUCGCUCCGGCCAGCCUUUACUCAACCCCAAGGUCCUUGAUGGCGAUGACGACCACCGCGGCAGGAGUUAUUCAACUCGUUCUCGAGGAGCCAGCCCCUUGCUGACCCCGAGCCGACCGACCUUCUCUCGAGGUUCCACCAUGCGAAACCACUCUCCCUCCACCGUCAAGGCCAACGCGAGGAGGAAGUAUAUAUACGCCGCCUUCUUUCUCGUCCUGAGCCUCGUCUCCUUCGUCAUCCAAACCGAGCUGUCUGCAUACAUCCAGCAGGAGCUGCACUGGGACAAGGCAUACUGCAUGCUCUACUUGACCCAUGGCUCCUGGGUCAUACUCUGGCCGAUCCAGCUACUCAUCUUGCGCAUCAACAAGCGCAAGACCUCGUGGCCCUCGUUCUGGCGCCGCCAUCGUGACCUGGUGCACACCACCGCCAUCAUGGUCCAGAAGCAGGACCUCGACCUGUCGCGUCACCCCGCCCACCCUCGCUCCUCGCCGUGGUUCUAUCUCGUCCGCACCACCGCCUUCAUCACCUGCGCCCUGACCGUUGGCGGCCUGAGUUGGUACGUCGCCGUCAACAUGACCACUCCGUCCGAUCUGACAGCCAUCUACAACUGCUCGGCCUUCUUCGCCUACGUCUUUUCCGUUCCCUUGCUCAAGGAGCCCCUGCGCAUGGACAAGUCCCUCGCCGUUCUCGUCGCCAUUGCCGGCGUCCUCGUUGUCGCAUACGGUGACAGUAGCCCUACCGAUGACGAUGCCGCCCACAAGCAAGCUGCCGGCGAGCGGCUGACGGGCAAUCUGGUCAUUGGCGUCGGCUCCGUCCUCUACGGCCUGUACGAAGUCCUCUACAAGCGCUAUGCUUGCCCCCCCGACGGCUGCUCGCCAGGCCGCGGCAUGGUCUUCGCAAACACGUUUGGUUCCUGCAUCGGCGCCUUCACCCUUACCGUGCUUUGGAUCCCGCUGCCCAUCUUGCACUGGACCGGUAUCGAGUUGUUCGCCCUGCCGACUGGCUACACCGCCUUGAUGCUCUUCUUCAGCGUCGUCAUGAACGCCACUUUUGCCGGCAGCUUCCUGGUUCUCAUCAGCUUGACGAGUCCUGUUUUGUCCAGCGUCGCCAGUCUGCUCACCAUCUUCAUCGUCGCCGUCACGGACUGGUUCCGCACCGGCGAGCCCCUCAGCGCUGCGGCUCUCAUCGGCGGUCUCAUGAUCAUGCUCGCCUUCGGCAUGCUGAGCUGGAGCACCUGGCGCGAGAUGACAGAAAUUGAGGCGGCCAAGGCAGUCGACCUCACAGACAGUGGCGAGGAUAGCGAUAGUGAUGAGCGUGUGCGUUGA